CAAGAUCCAAGUGCCUUCCAAUUUUAACUAGGAGAAAGUAUAAUUUUCGGGCUUAAAACUGUGGAAUAUGUGUACAUUGAAGUUAAAUAACCGGUUUCCAAGGAUGAAUAUGAGUUCUUCCUCUAGGAGGUGAUUCGUGUUUGGUUGGAGAAUGACUUUAAAACUUAUUUCGACGGAAAGUCAGUGAGUAUUCGUCGUGUUGUUUGUCGGAGGUGAGGAGGUCUGCUUUGCAGACCGUCUGCACGGUGUAAAGAAUGGCAACGCCCGGGCUGAGCAAGGCUGUGCUGCAGGGCAGCGGACCCAGUGCAUGUGCCGAUCAUCGUUGGGCAUGGCGAUACAGACGAGACUGCUGCCUCUUCGUACUCUUAUAUCUGAUAUCAUUAGCAACUUCUGCACCAACAUACGUGCCUACAUCAGCAACAACCUCUGAAGGCCUAGAGACGUCUUCAACUAUACAAGAUGCGACUAGGCAGUACACCUCAACGAUAGCUUCACUCAAGGAAGUCACAGAACUGCCAAGGGAGCCCUCCAAAGUUCAGGUUCUACCUCCAGAACCCCAAUGGACAACGCAACAACAGUAUACAGAUCCUCCAGUGAUCCAGCGGCCUCCAGAGAACUCGUCCGUCGUCGUCGAGGGGCGGGUCACGCUCCGGUGCCAGCCUACCGGUGCCGAGCCUCUGAGGGUCCGUUGGGAGAAGGACGGUGUCACACUGCCGUUGAGUGGGUCACGCUAUAACGUCAAGAAUAACUUCAACCUGAAGGUGUUCAACGCGAGCGUGUCUGAUCGUGGGAUGUACCGGUGCUGGGCUGAGAAUCCAGGCGGUUCAGUGUACUCCUCCCCGGCUUAUCUUGAUGUCCAAGUACCAGCUAUGAUUCGUGAGGAACCUCAGGACUAUAAUGUAACCUACGGGACAAGGGUCAACUUGACGUGCAGUGUCACCGGGCAUCCCAAGCCCAAACUCUAUUGGUUAAGAAACCGAAUGAGGAUUUUUGACAGAAGUGCCCGUAACCCUUCUUUCUGGGAAAAGGAGUACUACGUUUUUAAUGCCACGUCUUCUGCAAAUUACUCCUGUGUGGUGGAGAAUGUCGUGACUAAAUCGGACGACGAAAAAAUACAAGAAAUCAAGAAGAGCCGCUCCGCUGUUAUCCGAGUCAACAACAUACCCAAUUACUGUGCCACUUACAAUGGUAACCAGUGUGGGAACUAUUUAAAGGGACGUCAGGUGUUCAUUGAUGCAGAUCUGUACAAUCCCAUCAACAAGCAGGAGCCGUUGUUACACGACAUCCUGAGUCAGAUCGACUCGAUCGUCAGGGAGGGAAGCUGCCGGAAUGCCUUCAGGUCGCUAAUGUGCCACAACAUGUUGCCGGACUGUGACGUCACUAAGCCUGCACACCCUCUCCCCAAACCCAUCUGCAGGGAGGACUGUGCAGUUGUGCGCAGCGAGUUGUGCCACCAGGACUGGGUCGAUCUCAACCAGAGUAGAAACCAGUUCUUCCUGAAGCGCUUUAGUCAAGCGCUCGGCCAAUCACAGUGUCGAGAUCUCCCAAGCAAAGAGAGGUCACCGGGGUCGUGCAGUGAGGCAAACCUCAUCGUUAUGCCUAAAGACCAGAUAACAACUGAUUGCUAUGAAAACCAGGGGCAGUUCUACCAGGGCAACACCAGCGUAACUAAAACAGGGCUAGAGUGUCUGCCAUGGACCCACAGCUAUCCACAGAGUAGAAACAUGUACUUGUCAGUGUUUCCGGAGCUCGCUAACAGCAGUAACUCUUGCCGAAACCCAGGAGGUAUGAGACAGGAACCAGGCUGCUUUCCAGAGGGACCCUACCCCCAGUGGCAGCCAUGCGGAGUCCCCAAUUGUGCUGAUGUGACUAGUACUACCUUGCUGCCAGAGAAGCCUACCACCAGCCUUCCUAAAAGUGAAACCUCAGUUACGACUGGUAGGAGGUACAUUCACUUGACCUAUCCAACUGACUAUAACCAUAUUGGCGACCCCAUCCUUAAGGAGCCCAGCAAUAGCAAAGAAAUUUUCAUCAUCUGUGGAGUUAGUCUUGCAGUCGUGUGCUUUGGAAUUAUCGUUGUGGUGUGCGCCGUUUAUCGUCGGCAGUACAACCGCUACUCCAGGUAUAAAUACCCUGGCGAUUUUGACAUCAGCAAAUUGCCGGAGAACCCCAUGUAUGGGAAAGACUUCAAUAGGAGCUUCAAUCCACACUUGAGACACUUGGAGUACCCCCGUAAUAGCAUCAUUUAUAUUGUCGAUAUCGGAGAGGGGGCAUUCGGCCGGGUGUUCAAGGCCAUCGCACCCAGGCUACUUCGGGACGAGGCGUCUACGACAGUCGCGGUGAAGAUGUUAAAAACGAACGCUGACCGUGACGUCCAGGAGUACUUCAACCGAGAAGCUGAAAUCAUCUCCAGAUUCGAUCACGCCAACGUGAUCAAGCUUUUCGGCGUGUGCUUCGUAGGGAAGCCGUUGUGUCUGCUUCUGGAGUACAUGGGGAAGGGAGACCUCCAAGAGUUCCUGCACUACCACAGCGACAAGAGCGGAGCGGCAGGACUACCCGGGCGGACGCAACUCAAUUUGGCCUUCCAGGUCGCCUGCGGUAUGGUGUACCUUACGGAGAAGCGGUUCGUCCACAGAGACAUCGCCACCAGGAAUUGCCUGGUGGGGAACAACAACGAGGUGAAGAUUUCAGACUUUGGACUCGCUCGCUAUCUUGGUUCCAGCGACCAGUUCCUUGGACACAAGGACGAGACAAUACCGAUUCGGUGGACGGCGCCGGAGGCGCUGUGGCACUAUAAAUUCACCACCCACUCGGACGUGUGGUCGUUCGGCGUACUACUGUGGGAAAUUUACAGCUUUGCCAAGCAGCCGUACGAGAGCAUGACCCACGAGGAGGUGUUCCUCAAGACGUACCAGGGCCAGAGGCUGGAGUGUCCAGAGAACACGCCACGCUGUGUGUAUGAACUCAUCCAGAUGUGUUGCAGUCUGGACCUGAACGCCAGGCCGUCUUUCUACAUGGUGCGGGACACUCUGGAAGCUAUGCAGGACGGAGAGUUGGUGUGCUGAUGGUAGGAGAACUAGUGUAUACACUCCCAAAGUUAAUUACUUUUAAGGUCUUAGGCCGAGUCCGAAAACGGUGACUUUGGCUACAGCUGCUGCUAGAUGAGCGCAUCUGCCAGCGAAGUCGCCGUUUCGGACUCGGCCUUACUGUUUGUGCUUCCUGUCAAGGCUCUGGCCUAUAACCUGGUCAGCCAUGUUGAGGCCCCUUACGUGUUAUGGGUUUCAAAAUGGCAAAUGAAGGCUAAGCUGCAGCCAAUUGGAGACUUUUGAGACGCUAACCGCAGCAGACAUAACAAUCGGCUCUAAGUGUGCGCUCACAUGCUCAGUAUUGCGCGCAAAGGUUGUUGCAUGCACACUACUGAUGAGAACUGUGAAAAUGAACCGUGCUAAAGUCUCCCAUUGGAAGAAGAUUUCAAAAGAACUACAUGUACAUGUACAAGAAUCAUUAUAUGUCUGACUUCCUUUGUCUUGUUCCUUAACUCUUAACCAUGCAAUGGCAAUGAAUAUGCAAUAAAUGCACACACCAACUUCAAUACAAAUCUCUGAACCGAAAGAAAAUACAAUUUCUGUGUUGAUAUGCAAUAACAAUCCAAGCUAUGUAAACACCUAGUUUGUACAUGUCCCCUGUAAACGUUCCCAUCUUUAUUUUUACAACCCCUAUCAUGAAGUACCUGCCCCCCCCCCCCCUUCUAAUAAAGUACAGCAGGCUGUAAAAUUUGAUAAAAAGAGAGCCGAGAAAAAAAGCUGUUAGUUGGAGUGGUCGAAUAUGUAUCACUCCAAGUUUGUUUUAUUUUCAGUUAUUUGCUUGAUGAACCAUAAGCAACGAUUAUGUCUUAUAUAUUUAUUUAUUUUGCAACAUGUUUGGAGUCAAAAGUUUGUUCCUCAACUUGUUGUAGACCUUUUUGAAGAAAAAAAUCUGACGGAAUAUGAACUCUGUGACUUGUUGUAUUUUGAAUAUUGAUGAUAAAUUUUUUCAGUAAAACGGGCUGAUUUCUGAUACAAUGCACUUUAGCGGAGAUUCUGUUACAGAAGUACAUGUAGAGAAGCAGGUCAUUUUUAACUUGCCUGGAUUUUCAUCUUACUUUGAGGUGCAAGGCCAUUUGCAUUUUACAAGGGGUACCUCUACAUUGUAAAAACCUGUUAUGAAACUUUUAAAGUGGCACCAAAGCAAAGACAGCUGAUGCCAUGGUCUUUGUGUAACUCCUGCUUCAAAAACACACGCGAGUCAUAGCACUAACGUUACAUAUAGCUCUGUGCUGCGUACACUAUAGGGAAUUCCUUUGUUCUGUGCACUGAAGCAAUAAAAAACAUAUUCUUCAACACGUAAAAGAAAAAACAUAGCGUUUCAAGUCCCUGAGUGUUGUAUGGACUUCUUUUGUUCUUAGGUCCUUGCUUCGCAUGUAAGGCUUUAAAAAAAAUAGUUGUCUACUAAGUAUCGCCGAAAACAACGCAACUACUGAACUUGUACACAACUGUUUCAGGCUUGUUCAAAUACAUCUGCAAUUAAUGCAAUUUAAACCCAUCGUUUAAUGUUAAGUACUUGUAAUAGCUUUUUCAACAGAGUUUCUACAGUACUGUUUGUGUUGGAAAGUUAGCCAGACGCAGUGGGCUGUUUUAUGUUACGUAAGAACCACAUUAACGCCCAAUGACAGUGCAAGGUCCAGUUUAACCGUCUGCUGUACAGUGAAGUAACAUCUAUAACUGGCCACAAUGAACAAUUUAUUGUUUUGAAAAGAGAUUAUGGUAUUUGGAUUUGGUACCAGUUGCGGACAUUACAGAUAACAGUACUGUAUUGUGACUAAGGCUUAAUUGUGACAAUAUAUGUAUGCUCAGUCUCUAUAUAUAUCAGAUUUUCUAAACAACUGACUGCUUUUUAAACACAAAAAAAGUAAUUAAGCAAAGUUUUGCUUACCAGAAUAAGAUUACCAGCCAUGAUGCCACAUCACAUGUGCCAUCUUUGACUGGUAUCCAGGUUAUGUUUGCUUGGCAGAAUCAUUUUAAACAAUAUUCUCUGCUUACGCAAACUCAAAGUAAAAAUUGUCUUUAAUCAGUGACACCAGAAUAAUAAUUACAACAUAUUUUAAGAGCACCAGCAUGUAUACCCUAGGCCAGUGAUCCUCAGCAUCUGGCCAUUACAGUAUAAAAAUUACAAUUUAUCAUCAACAAAACUUGUAAAACUAGUCAUAUUUUGUUGGGUCAAAUUAAUUAUCAACAUUGAUAAUAGAGGGAACACAAAAAUUGCACUGCUGUAAAGCCAGCCUCAGGUUGACCUACGAUUUUCUUGCGCCCGCAACAAACCGCCGGCAACACGCAGGCAAAAUAUGCUCAGGUCACAACAACUGAGAAAUUGUGCGCCUGCGAUUGGUUCCCGACGGGAUCACAUCGUACAAGUUCUACUCUUGCGACAGUUAAUUUUUUCGAGCGGCGACUGUUUCAGAUUGUCUUAAAAUCAUUGCAGUUGCGCUCAAGUCGUAAAUAAUUGCCGACUGAAAAGUUUGGGAUGGUCUUAGCUCAGGCGCAGUGUGAUCCUGAAAAGUCAGUCGCCGACUGUUUUUUGUUGACGCAAGGUCGACCUGAGGCCGGCUUAAUGUGCUUUCUCUUUGCGGUGUUUCAUUUCUAAACCACUCUGUAAAUAAUAUCCACUUAACCCCUGGCUCAUAUCCGUGACUGGAGUAGUCAAAAAAGAACAAGGAAGCGAAACUAUGAAUUGUUUCAUUUCAUGAGUAAACCAAAGUAGUGUAGACUUCCCUAGAAUUUGAGCUGGUCCUGCAAUCCUGUUGAACAAAAAAGCGUGCUCUACAUUUCGCAAAAUAUGUGAUCAUGUGUUAGAAUGUUUAUCAGUCUAAACGAUGUUUCGAUGAGUUUAUUUUCAGUUUACAUAUGUCAUUUAUACAUAUUAUUAUAUAUAUAUUUUUUGCCAAAUAAUAAUAUUUUAAAAGCAUUUAA